GGCAAAAAUCCAGGAAUAACUCAACGCAAUACCAACACAGUAGACCAAGGUAUUCUUAGCGGAACGCGCGAUGAAUUCAUAACGGCAACACUUUUUAAAAAAUCUGACAUCGAUCCUGACGUCCCAGAACAGCCUCAAGACUAUGAACAACCUCAAACGUCUGAUUCAAUCGAGGACUCUCAACACAUUGGCUCGGAUGAAAAACUCGAAGAAUCGAUCUCAUUAGUAACUGUCUCAUCCAGCGUGAUUGAUAGUUGCCACGAGGAAGACGGGUUUGAUUACAUAUUGGGAUGGAUUGCAUUCAAGCUAAAAAAAUCGCAUCCUGAUCUCGGCGACAAAACGAAGGAUAUUAAAGAUAGCUUAAAUCCAUCUCAUAUGCCAUCCUUCAUAGCUAAUCUGUCGUACGGCGGAUUAAUGGUACCUUCUCCUGAAUUUAAAGUGAUGGGCAAAGCCAUGGAGAAAGUUUUUAUUCUUAGCCAUGUUGUGGUCAAGAAGUUUGUGAAAAUACGAACUAUUGUCCGAAUGAGAUAUUGCAACUUACUGUCACAAGGUUUAAUACAGCAAAAUGCUUACGAUGAUCAAAAACCAUCAACUUCCAAAAGACGGUUUGAGCAAAAAAGUCAUGUUGCUAACAAGUACAAAAAGUUAUGCUCUCAAUAA